AUGAUUGUUCACUCCCCCAUCGUUACGAGAAGGUUAGCCACCUCAGCAAGGGUUCCUAUCAGGACUCUGGCUACAUCUUCUAAUGGACUCAAUUUUUUUCAGAAAACUCAAUUACCAGCAAAUACAAUUAUUCGCUUUGUUCCACAGCAAACAGCCUGGAUUGUUGAAAGAAUGGGAAAGUUUCACCGAAUCCUGCAACCUGGACUAGCUAUUCUGUUACCCUUUCUUGAUAAGAUCCAAUAUGUUCAAAGUCUGAAGGAAAAUGCGAUUGAAGUUCCCAGCCAGAGUGCCAUUACUUCGGAUAAUGUCACGCUGGAGAUGGAUGGUGUGCUCUAUAUCCGAGUAGUUGAUGCAUACAAGGCAUCCUACGGAGUGGAGAAUGCUGAAUAUGCUAUUAGUCAACUGGCUCAAACUACUAUGCGUUCCGAAAUUGGUCAACUUACGUUGGACCAUGUUCUGAGAGAACGUCAGUCCUUGAAUGUCAAUAUCACUGCUGUCUUGAAUGACGCCGCCAAAGAUUGGGGUAUUCAAUGUCUCCGUUACGAGAUCAGAGACAUCCAUCCACCAUCGAAUGUUUUGGAAGCUAUGCACAGGCAAGUCUCUGCUGAAAGAUCCAAGAGAGCGGAGAUAUUGGACUCUGAAGGUCAUAGACAAUCUGCCAUAAAUAUUGCCGAAGGUGAGAGACAAUCCCAAAUCUUAGCGUCCGAGGCUACUAAAUUCAAGCAGAUAAAUUUAGCUGAAGGUGAAGCCAGAGCUAUUUUACUGAAGGCCGAAGCAACUUCCAAAGGAAUUGAACAAAUUGCCAACGCUAUUCGUAACACUCCGGGAGGAGGAGACGCAGUAUCUCUGCAAGUAGCUGAAAAGUAUGUGGAUGCGUUUGGAAAACUGGCUAAGGAGUCUAACACCAUUGUCAUCCCUGCUGGGUUAGGUGAUGUUUCUUCGUGGAUGGCUUCUGGCCUGAGUAUCUACCAGAAUCUUCAAAAAUCCAACGCUACAAAGGACCAAAAUAAGAUUGAGGAGACGAAAUGA